AUGGCCAACUGGGCUCAGAUUCUGGCUCUUCCAGAGUCCUUCCAGCGUCGUAUCCUCACCAUCUACGACCAGAACCAGUUCUUUCCCAUCGAGGUACGCAAAAGCAGGGCCGAAUGGAUUGAAAAGCAAGACUGGUCUUUCUACUCGAACCCCAAUUACUCCUACGACACCAACUAUCUCGAGCGGUGCAUCAGCCUGAUGCAGGAGUUCAUUCAGCAAGUCAACCAGCUGUUGUCAACGACAAAUGACAUCAGCGACAAGUACAAAAUCAACAAUUUUAAGAGCAACUUGCAAUAUGCAAUCGAAUCAAACAAUUAUGAGAUCAUCAAGCAUGUUUAUGAAUGUUUACGCAAUGAAAAUGUCAUUAUUCAGCGCUAUCGAGAGGGCCUCAAUGAGCGCAAUCCAUCUCAUUUUCAUCAGCUGGAAACGAAGUGCCAGGUAAACAGAGAAAAGAUCCUCUACACAGAAGGCUUGCUGAAGAACAUCAACACGCUGAAGGAAAACCUGAUUAUUAGCAAGUCACAACUGCCCGUACUUCAGAAUGCCAUUGCUCUACAGAACCCAAACACUACUGAUAUGACGUCAAAGCAGAACAAGAUAAUUGAGCUGACCAAUCAUAUCAACUUCAUGUUUAAUGCCUACAAGACGUACAAAGAUGAACUAUUGCAUAAGCAUCGUGAUAUCAUUACAGAAUUGGAGUCAAUUCUAAGCAUUUUAAUCACUGAUCUCAACGUGUGGAAGAAUAACCGAAAGUCGAUGAUCAGCAAUGAUGCCUACGAUGACUUUCGACAGAUAACCGAAAUCUGCCAGAACUUUGCAAGCAACAUCUGCCACAUGUGGCCUCAGAUUAAGAAGAUGGAAACUUUGCUCAUUGAAAACCAGGCCGAAAACUUUAUUCCCGAGGAUCACUGCAGAGAGAUGAAAACAAAGAUCAUUAUGAUUCUGAAAAGCCUGGUUAAUCAGACAUUCAUUGUUGACCACCAGCCCUGUCAGGUGAUUAAGACCAACACCAAGUUGAAGAAAAUUGUGGUCAACCUUCUUGUGGGAAACAUUUUUAAGAACCACAUGAAUCCGUCAGUGGUAAAGGUGACAAUCAUCAAUGAAAAUCAGGCAAAGCAACUCUACAAUGAUCCAGAUACCUUUCGAAUGGACACUUGCAGUGGUGAAAUUCUGAACAAUACGACUGUUAUGGAGUACAAUCCUUCUUCGAAAAUACUUUGUGCCAACUUUGUUAAUUUGCAAUUGAAAAAAAUUAAGCGAACUGAAAAGAAAGCUUCUGAGUCGGUCAUGGACGAAAAGUCUGCUCUCCUUUUUUCAACUGAAUUUUUCAUUGAAGAGGAUCUACGAUUCAAUGUUAAAACCAUUUCUGACCCUGUCGUAGUCAUUGUUCACGUGAAUCAAGAAGCCCACGCUCAAGCCACCAUAACUUGGGACACUGCUUUUGCAGAGCCAACGAGGUGCCCGUUUGAAGUUCCACAAGAAGUGAGAUUCGGCCUGCUGGCCACUGUGCUAAGUCAGAAGUUCUUUGAGAAUACUGGCCGCGCACUCAGUGAGGACAACAUUCACUUUUUGGCAGAGAAGAUUUUUGGCAGCUACAUUCCUGACCCUAUGAACACACUGGUGUCGUGGUCUCGAUUCUCCAAAGAGCAUCUGCCCGGACAAACGUUCACCUUUUGGGACUGGUUCUACGCAAUACUCAAGCUGACCAGUGACCACUUGCGUGACAUUUGGCACGACAAUCGCAUCAUUGGCUUCCUCACUCGCCCCCGUGCCGAAGAGCUGCUCUCGGAGAAGCCGACGGGCACCUUUCUGCUGCGAUUCAGCGACACCAAACUGGGGGGCAUCAGCAUCGCCUCGGUAGACAUGAACUCGGAGCAGAAGGUGAUGAUGGUCGAUCCGUUCUGCAGUAAAGACCUUCAACUGCGCAAGCUGGCCGACCGUCUGCGUGACUUUGACCAGUUCACCCAUCUCUACCCCAACUUGCCCAAAGACGAGGCUUUUGGCCGGUACUACUCUCAGGUGAACAAUCAGGGACAGACCAACAAUGGAUACGUACGACCGAUGCUGGUCAAUUAUAUUCCUCGCUUUCCCAACGCCCCUGGUGGCAAUGCUGACUUUGCUUUGCAGGGACAGUUCUCAAACAGCUUUCCCAUGGACUUUGGGUUGCCAAGUUUUGGCUCUACCUUUGAAAAUCAAUUCGACGCUAAUGUGUACUCCGUCUCGUCGUCAAA